UUUAUUAAUAAUAAAUAUAAAUUUUAUUCGCUUUUGUUUUUUAAGGAAAUGCUUUGAUAAAUACAAGUCAGCGCUAAUUAUGCCAUCGAUUGAAAUACCGUCCAAUCCAUGGAGUAAUCAAAAGUACUGUGACAUCGAAAAGUCUGACAGCGAUUACAUCAGUUGUAAUCCAAAUUACAAGUACCGGAGGAUUGACGGCAAAUGCAAUAACCCUUUGCACUCGAAUUGGGGCUCGAGUUUCCACUGUCACCGACGACUACUGCCUCCCGAUUACGCCGAUGGCAUCGAAAUACCCCGUAAGGCCAGCGACGGCUCCGAACUGCCCAAUCCUCGACUGUUAACCCAAGUACUGAUGCCAGACCUACCCCUCGACGAUCCCAAACGCACGUCAAUGCAUAUGAUAUUUGGCCAGUUUAUUGUACAUGAUACUUUUAAGACCUUACAGUACUUGGGAUUAGCCAUUAAUUGCUGUACGAGAGGAAGUCAAGUGCAUCCCGAGUGUAUACCCAUUGAUAACAUACCCACCGAUACACUAACGGCACGUUUCAAUCAACGCUGUAUUAACUCUGUCCGCUCGACCGCUUGUAAUACUUGCAGUUUAGGUCCGCGCAAUCAGAUGAACGCCGCGACACCGACUCUCGACUUAUCCCAUGUUUACGGCGGAAAUCUUAUGAAUAAUUCAUACUUAUUGAGGACUUUUACCGGAGGGCGAUUGCGUGGUUCGGCAGCGGCCGACGGCAGUACAAUACUACCGGUGGCAGAGCUGCCCAGAGAUCAGGACUCUUUAGAUCUGACACAAUGCAGACCUCCACAAGAGAGGCCAUGGCUUACGUGCUUUCACAGCGGAGAUGGUAUCCGUAGUAAUCAGAAUCCAUUGGUCCAGUGGGGGUUCACUUUGGCGAGAGCCGAGGCGUGUUGGUUG